AUGGCGCAAGGUAGCAACGACGUAGCUUCUUCUCUGUCACUCGCGGAGGAAACAACCAGUACUAAGAGGAAGCAAUUAAUUACUUCAUCAGGAGCACUAACAUCCCAGCCGCUUCCUACACUUCCAUUUGAUCUCCUGCCUGAGAUCCUUUGUAGGCUUCCGGUGAAGUUACUUGUACAACUUCGAUGCCUCUGCAAGUUUUUUAAUUCUUUGAUCUCUGAUCCUGAAUUCGCAAAGAAGCACCUUCAUUUGUCAACCAUGCGCCACCACCUUAUUGUAAGCUCCAAGAAUGACAAAUCACGUGAGUUACUUCUCUUUGAUUUCCCAAUUUCCUCUGUUUUUUCUUCCUCUAUUGGUACACAUACACAACUCAAUCUCCCUAUAAGUUUAAAAACUAAUGGAUACGGUAAACAUUUGGCGGUUUGCUCUUGCGACGGCAUCCUGUGUAUUAGUGCCACCAGUGUUGAUCAUCGUUAUGCUAUUUUGUGGAACCCUUCCAUUAGAAAAUUCAAGAUAUUGCCUCCACAAGAAGAUUAUCGAUGGAAAAGGGUUCUUGAUUCCUUCUAUAGCUUUGGGUAUGAUCAUUUCAUUCAUAAUUAUAAGGUCAUUGUUAUUUAUUUAUGUAUAAGAAGCAAAACAAAUGAAGUUUGCGUUCAUACGUUGGGUACUGAUAAAUGGAGAAGGAUACAUGACUUCCCAUUUUGUGGUAUCAUUCGUGGAUCAGGAAUAUUUGUGAGUGGUACUGUUAAUUGGUUCGCAUUUGAUGUUCCUAAUAAAUGUUGUCGUGAAAUUGUUUCUUUUGAUUUGGAGAAGGAGUCAUAUAAAAUUCUUUCGCAACCUAACUUGGAGAAGAAGUCAUGGAACUUGGGAGUGUUGAAGGAUUGCUUGUGCAUAUUUUCACAUAAUGAUAUCUUUGUGGAUGUUUGGAUUAUGAAGGAAUAUGGAAAUAAAGAGUCUUGGACUAAAUUAUACAAUAUCUCUUAUAUGGGAGUUCCUAUUUCCCAUGCCUAUGGCAAUGUUUUAUAUAAUUCUGAAGAUAACCAAAUGCUUGUGGAUUUAAUGAGGGAAGGUAACAAACGAAAGGUCGUUUUGUACAAUUCAAAAAAUGGUAUUUUGAAUUUUCGCGAGAUUGAAAUCGGUCAUUUGAUGAGCCCAAAUGUCUACAUUGAGAGUUUAGUAUCUCCCUAA